AUGUCGCUCACAGAUUUGUCCAGAUCUUGGAUCCGAAGACUUGCCGAUCUGACCCCUGGACAAUUAUGUACUUACAUCGUGGUUUUGUGUGCGGUCUACAUUGGAUGUCAGGCAGUUUACAACAUCUGGUUCCAUCCCUUGGCUAAAUUUCCGGGGCCUCUACUCGCUCGAUCGUCCUUGCUAUGGAGAGUUUUCCAUUCCAUGAGCGGCCGCUUCCAUCUAGCAAUACAGAAACAGCACAAGCGGCAUGGUUCAGUCAUCAGGGUAUCACCUAACGAGCUAUCCUUCUCUUCGGUUCAAUCCUGGCAAGAUAUAUACGGUCAUGCCACGGGCGGGAAGCAAGUCAUGAUAAAGAGCGAGUUUUAUGACAUGUACGGCUCAGGGUUUGAUACUCUCUGCAUUGGAAGUGAAAGAGACCCACAGAAGCACAGUCAGGGGAAGAAGAUGCUCUCAGCAGCAUUCUCGACUAAGGCGCUGGCCGACCAGGAAGACAUCUUGCAGAGGUGCGUUAACGGGUUCGUACUUCGCCUGGGGAUAGAGGCCGAGACCCGUGGGUGGCUUGACAUGACUAAGUGGUAUGAAAUGAUUGCGUUCGACAUCUUAGGGGAAAUGGCGUUCGGAGAAAGCUUUGACUGUAUUACAAAUGGAAAGUCACACUUCUGGUCGGAUAUGGUGGUGGAGCACCUUUUUUUCGUCACUGUCUUGGAUAACCUCCGUCGCUAUCCACUGGUGUCUGCUCUAGGGAGAAGAUUGCUGCCUGCCUUGACUAUUGGCGUCCGAGAACGACAUUCUGGUUACAGCAGAGAAAAAGUGGCAAGGCGUCUCCAGAUCGAGAAUGGGAGGCAGGACUUCCUGACAAACCUCGCACAGAAAGUCAAAGCCGGCGAGGUUUCUCAGGAGCAGAUGACAGCUCACGCCUCGACCUUGGUUAUUGCCGGGGGAGAAACAGUAGCAACGUUCUUAGCAGCAGUAACUUAUUUCCUACUGAAGAACAACACUAUAUAUUGCAAGCUUCGCGAUGAAAUUCGUAGUCGCUACAAGAGUUCAGAGGAAAUCACAGCAAUGUCAACACAACAGCUGCCGUAUCUACAAGCUGUGAUAGCCGAAGGAUUGAGGAUCUACCCUCCAGGAUCUCAGGGCUUUCCGAGAAUUUGCCCGGGUGCCAUGAUAGACAAACGUUGGGUUCCCAGAGGGGCCGAAGUCUAUACUAGUGCAUGGACUGUUACGCACGACGAGCAGAACUUUCACGAUCCCUACGAGUUCAAGCCUGAAAGGUGGCUGGAUCCAAAGUGUGAGGAUACACUGCACGCCAGUCAACCGUUUUCUCUCGGUGCUCGCGGCUGCCUUGGAAAACAGUUUGCCUAUGUCCAGAUCGGCUUGAUCAUGACCAAGAUGCACUUGGCGUACGAUUUGGAACUUGUGGAUGAGACUUUGGAUUGGCUAGCACAGAGCCACAUGCACGUCAUGUGGUGGAAACCUGCCUUGAAAGUUAAAAUCGAGCCCGUGCCUUUGUGA